AAGAUACUCACUUUGCGGGCUGAGUCUCACUCUAAUUCUCAUCUCUCUUGCAUCGAACUUUCCCUCGAUAACUAGCAUCGAUUUACGGCACGGAAUCAAAUCAACACGUGAUCGUGCCAUCACCUCCGGUUCACUCAAACUUGCGACGCCAGCUGCUUUACUUACUCGUACGAGUCCAUCGAUGUCCCGCAUCCCCGCCCCCUCUCGUGGAACACCUUCAGUUAGAGGAACGCCGCGAAAGGCCGCGCAAGAGUCUCCGACGAAACUUACCCCCGGUGGCACCGCGAGGACCCGGACGACGUCUUCCAUUAAACGCGCCACGACCCCCGUCAAAAGCACGACCAUUUCCAGAAGGAACGACGCACCAAAAGUUCCGGUCCUCGAUGAUCCAGCGGAUCGCCCUCUCUCCAUCAAAGAGGCCAUCGCCCUGAAACGUGCGGAGGCGAAGAAAGCACAGGCAGCGAAAAGCACUCCGUUGGACGACUUUUCAACGCUGGAAGAUGCCAUUCCGGAUGCCCCACCACCUGAGGAAGAAGAUAUUUUGGGUCGGCCCCCGCUAAGAGAGACCAUCGAGAAGGCCAAACAGACCGGUUCCGUGAAUCUCUCUACGCGUGGUCUACAGUGUAUACCCUCCGCUCUCUUCGAGCUCCAUCUGGGUGUCAAUCCAGUGCCUUUGCCGUCUGUUCCUGACGAGCCUCCUCUUCCGCCCGCUGUUGAAACCGGUCGUGUGCGCAAAUCGUCCGCGUGGUACGAGGGACGAGAUUUGGAGAUUCUAAAGGCAUGGGGCAAUGAGAUCGUAGAAAUUCAGCCGGAAAUAGCUCUCUUCGGAUCGCUCAAAUCUGUGGAUCUUCACAAGAACAAGAUUGCCAUGGUUCCCAAAGAAUUCGCCGACUUGGCCGCUCUGACCACUCUCGACCUUUCGCAUAACGCUCUCACUUCACUACCUCCGAACAUCUUCUCCCUGCCCGCGCUCUCGAACCUCAACAUUUCUCACAACCGCCUGACGUCAUUACCCUUUUCCGCACCGUUUGCGUCUGCAGUAACCAAGAAACCGACGUUCGCAUCACAUGGAUUCUUGGGUGAACCGGCCAUCGAAAGAUCAACAGUACCGCUUCCCAAACUUGCGAUAUUCGACGCGUCGAACAACGAUUUUUCGGCCGUCGCCAUCGACCUGGACUUGCCCAAGGCAUUAAUCAACUUGGACUUGUCCUCCAACCAUCUCGAUUCAGAAGGUCCAGAGGCCUGCAGCAAACUGCUAGCGAAAUUGGCGACACUCCCUAAAUUGAAAGUGCUUCGUUUCGAACGAGCAGACAUCUCGGAUGGGAUAUUCGACAGCGUUGCAGAUUCCCACGAUCCCUUUCCCUCGCUGUCCGUGCUGGACUUUGGGUACACGAAAGUCACCGAGGGGGGCGCGCGCAGUGGUCUCAAGGGUCUGAAGAAGGAACUGACAUUCGAGGUGACAAACGACGAGCCACCCAGUGGGACCGUGUGCAUCAUCGUGGGGAAGAAGCUCGUCCGAGAAGCAUGGGAAAUCGAGGCAGAGCGUCAAGCCAAAUCACGAGCGGAUAAGAAAGCCGCGGAACCUCUGGGUUUGGAUUGGGAAAACGCGCCGCCUUCUGUUUCAAAAGCACAGAAAGCUGCGUUGAAACCGGUUGUCAAGCCUGUUCCGAUUGUGAAAGAAGCUUGGGAAAUCGAAGCCGAGCAGGGACUUCUAACGGAAGGAGGAAGGAGACGUGCCAGGGCCGCUGCAGCUGCAGCGAAGGAAAUUGGGAUUGGAGAACCACCAAGGCAAUCGUCACCCACCAAGAUGCUCACCUUGGCUGAUCCACAGUACUAUUCGAACCGGACUGACACGCUUACUCUGCCGGCAUCUGUGGCUGCAAAACCCGGUCAUGCUCGAGCCAUUUCUCUGGCCUCUACUGCGUUCGAGAAGCUAUCUGCACCUAGGGCAAGCGAUGUUGCACUUCCGACCGCCACUUUGCCCCUCUCCCUGAUAGCGUCUCAAUCAUUCGCACAAAAUCUCAAAGUGCUUGUGCUCAACAGCAGAAGACUCGACCGGUCUUUCACUUUGCCAGCCGCAUCGCCGGCAGAGCCUCUUCUUCCGCGGUUGGAAGAACUGAACUUAGAAGGGUGCAAUUUGGGUGAUUCCGUGUCUGUCUCGAUUGCCAGUGCCGAGGAGACCAUUGCUGUGCCAUCGAUGACUCGUCCGACGUUGCCUCUCAUUGCGGAACUCUUCCCAAGCGUGCGAAAUCUCAAUCUCGCAUACAACCAGCUCACGGCUGCCUCGCUCACCGAUUCUACACUCUCGGGCCUGCUCACGGCCGACGGCAAUCUCCACAAGGGCCUCAAACAGCUGCAUCUGCGUGGGAACCGUAUAGCCGAGCUGGAUGGAUUCCAGGCCCUGGCUGUACUAUUCAAAGGCAAUCGAGAUGUGCCCGGUUGGACGCUGGAAGAGUUGGAUUUGCGUGACAACGAAAUUAGCAAACUUCCUGCGGAGUUGGGCUUGCUGCCGUUAGACUCCUUUUUGGUGGAUGGGAAUCUAUUCCGGGUUCCUGCCCGACGAGUCUGGGAACGCGAGGGAACAAAGGGUCUGCUGACUUGGUUGAGGUUACGCUUGGAGUGAUCUCCAAGAUUAGAUUAGAUUGUCAUCAUCGGGCGAGAUGAGAUGACAGGGGGCGGCUUGCUUACAAUUGCAUAAUACACUGGUGGCAGUACAAAGUACACUUACAACAAAUAAAUAAACGUCCAGGGAAUUCUGAAUCCUCACGGGGCAAGCUCAUCGCUGCCAAUCAUCGCUGUCG